AUGCAAAGCAAAAACAUAUUUCGUUUGCAGGCGACGGAGGUCGAAUCCCCUGCCGAUGCUCGUGUCAUUGCGGCUGGCUUGAAGCUCUCGGUCAUUGUCAACAACAGCACCCAUCCUUUGAAGGGUUGGCUCGCCUGCCAACUGGAGACCAUGCAAGCAGGCCAGGACUGGCGACAAGCAUGGGCGCUGGGUGAUGGAGAUGCCGAAGCCAGGAUUGAGCAAGAUUCGGAUGGUUUGCGGUUGGCGCAAGUCCUGAAAGCGAGCAUCAGGUUGAGCAAGGCCCUGCAGAGCAAUGCUGAUGCACAGGUUGGUUUGAGCCAGCCGGAGCUGGACGAGCAUGCCGCCCUCUUGUACUUCGACAUCCAGGGCCAGUACCAGCCCCUCUUGAGCCAGUCUGUCCUGAUGGAUGUGCUCAGCCUGAAGGCCGUCAAGCAGGUUGAUGUGUUGGAUGAGAUUUGCCAGAAGAUCAUGAAGAGCACACAGGAAUUCGGCACCAGCACAGAAAAUUCAUGGAAGUACACCCUGAGCCAGGACAGCCCCAUGGAUCGUGUCGUGGCCAAGUACAAAGACACUCUCGAGACGCUCGAUGGCGAUGCGUGUGCCACAGCCAUUGAGGAGCUUGGAAAGGAGCUUGCCGCUUCGAAAAAAUUCGCUGAGCAGGCCCGCGUGUACUCCGAUGCCUUGCGUGACCUGGAGACCAAGAUCACAAAGUGUGGCACCGUCCUCGAGGAGUCCAAAGCCCUGGUCUGUGAGAGUCUGCUGUGUUUGGCUUUGAAUACCACCAACAAAGUGCGCAAGUUAGCAUUGGUGCGAUCCCAACUUGGGGACAUCGCAGGGAAACAAGUCAAGGAAAGUUUGCUGCUGCCGCAGUUGGUGAAGGCUGCUCGUGAUCUCGUGAAGUAG